AUGGACAUUGGUGUCGUUCAAAAUGAUUUGAUAACUUGUCUUGUUGACAAGACCAUCUUUGUUGGGCCAAGAUUGAUCGAGGUUGUUGUUGAUGAUCAAGCCAACAAAGUCUUGUUCGAUCAUUGGAUCCAAUGGUGGGCAUUUUUCCUAUCAUGUGAUGGUGAUGGUGAUGGUGAUGGUGAUGGUGAUGGUGAUGGUGAUGAUGAUGAUGAUGAUGAUGAUGAUGAUGAUGAUGAUGAUGAUGAUGAUGAUGAUGAUGAUGAUGAUGAUGAUGAUGAUGAUGAUGAUGAUGAUGAUGAUGAUGAUGAUGAUGAUGAUGAUGAUGAUGAUGAUGAUGCCUUUGAGAGAAAUGGCUUUGGUUCCCACCAUUCUUCUGCCACUCGUCGCAAGGUAACAUCUUUCCUUUGCAAUGUUACCAAGAAUAAUACGAGAAUCACCACCAAGAAUGAUAUCAGGCCAAGACAACAAUAA